AAAGAAGAGCAUCAUUAGUCCACGUGUCAUAAUGUCCUAUGGGCUCCACGUUUUAUCGUUUCCAAUCGAAACAUACCCUAACAGCUCCCAUCGGAACCCGACAACACCCCCUGAACAAUUGAAGAGAACCCCCUAAAGACAACUUCAUUUGUCUCUCCUCGCUUCUUUGUCUCAGUCAUCAGCUUAUGUAAUUCGUUUGAGACACCCGGUUGUUGUGGAAGCAUUGGACCAGAUACGCCUCUUUUGGUUUGCCCGAAUUCUUCAACAAGUAAUCGCUUCCUCCUUCGAGGGUUUUUUUUGGUAUUGGGGAUCCUCUGUUUUCAUUUCCGUGCGGUGUAGCAGAAAGAUCAAUGACAUACAACAUAGGAGACUAUUAAAACUCCAAAUAUAGCGAGGUUUGGAGCGCCUAUCAUCUUCUAUAACCGGCAUUUGGAUCUUUUCGUCCGAGAACAGACCCAGAAGCAAUGUCAUCUCCAGACAUCACUACAAUCUUGGAGAACUCCAGGGUACUCGAUCGGAUAAGGAAAGAUCAAGAGGAGGUGCUAGUCGAGAUCAACAAGAUGCACAAGAAGCUCCAAACAACUCCUGAGGUGGUUGAGAAGCCUGGUGAUACUUCACUAGCAAAGCUAACGCAUCUAUAUACUCGGGCCAAAGAUCUGUCAGAAAGUGAAGUAACUUUUUCCAGUGCAUUGCUGAGUCAAUUGGAUGCUUUGCUGCCAUCUGGGCCUCCAGGGCAACAACGAAAGAGGAUAGUUGCAGAUGGUAAUGAACAGAAAAGAAAACGAAUGAAGACUGAUUCAGAUAUCUCAAGGCUCUCUCCAUCAAUGAGAAGUCAACUUGAGCCCUGUGCUAACCUAAAGGGGGAACAGGUGGCAGCUAGAGUCACGGGAGAUAAUUCUGAAAAGGACGAGUGGUUCGUUGUAAAAGUGAUACAUUUUCACAAGGAUACAAAAGAAUUUGAAGUACUUGAUGAAGAGCCAGGUGAUGAAGAAGAAGGCAGUGGCCAAAGGAAAUAUCAUCUGCCCAUGUCACACAUCAUACCUUUUCCUAAGCGAAAUGAACCUUCUAGCGUACCAGAUUUCCCUCCAGGGAGACAAGUUUUAGCUGUUUAUCCGAGGACUACUGCACUUUAUAAGGCAACUGUUGUCAGUCCUCAGAGGAAGAGGAAGACAGAUGAUUAUUUACUGGAAUUUGACGACGACGAAGAAGAUGGCAAAAUGCCCCAAAGGAUAGUGCCUUUUGACAGGGUCGUUGCCCUGCCUGAAGGUCAUCGUCAGUGAAUUCUUGCUGUUUAUAUUUGUGUACAAAUACAAAGUAUCGAGAAGACUCCCUCCUAACGAGUUAGGCUCGGGUUUGGUCUAUUUAUGAUAUACAGAAUACUCUCUUUAAAUUUUAAAUCGAUGUAUAUUGUUAACCUCUUUCGAACUUUCGAACCUUAACAUGCUAUGAAGAAAGGAAAUGAUUGUGGAGAGGAAGAAUCAUAGAGAAGUGAGAACCGAACAAGAACUCAACUCCACACCGGAGAGAGGCCUCUUUUGGUGGGUUGUUGGGUCUUCUUGGAAAUGUCCAAUU